AUGUUCAUAGGUAUGCGGUAGCAUGGCUAUUGCAUCCCAUAAAUACCACAGCCCCUUGUGCAACAACCACCCGUUUCUGCUUUUUUGCUUCUGAUGAUGGAUUCGAGCAGGAAUCCGAAACGUCAGGCUAAUAAAGCUUUUGUCCCAGCGAUCGUGUCUCCUUCUUCAAGCCCAGACCAGUAUUGGUUCCCAAUUGGCCAGCCGGUCGAUAGCGUCGUUAGAGAUUGUGGACGGGGGAUUAAGGUCGUCUCCCAAGGAAUCAGUCCGGCUCUAUGGAGUGUCCGAUUUCUCUGUGAUUUUUUUUCUUGUUACGUCGGGUUGAGCAGUGGCGCAUAGUAACAACCAAUUUUCAUAGCACGACAGAAGCAGCUGUAUAAAGUAUAAUGCAUUUCGCCACGCCUAGCUGGGACCACACCGGACUGACUAUCGGUGCAGAUAAAACGGUUGUCGUAAAGCAAGACGCAAAAGCGGGCAGGCACACUACGUUUAGAAUCAACAUGAACAGAAGUCGACUGGUAUCGGUAGAUAAAUUUACCUAUAGAGGCAGUGGAGUCUCAAACAACACUAAGAUCGACGAAGAAAUAACGACCCGAAUCUCGAAAUUCUAUCAGGUUUUCGGCCGGAUAAACAUCUCUGUCCGGAACCGCCGUAGACUUCACCUCAAGACGGAACUUAGCAUGUACAGCAAGGUUGUCCUGACGACGCUACUUUGCGAGGCCGAGACACGCACUAUUUGCACCAAACAAGCUAGGAAUCUAAAUUACUUAGAACUUAGCUGUUUCCGAACAACGCCUACGCCAAGGUGGUAGGACAGGAGCCCGGAUACCGAAGUCCUGGGACGGACCGGAAUCAUCAGUAUUCACGCCGUUCUGAGGAAACUGCAACUCAUCGCGGGGACAGAUGACGAGCAUUCACCCAAGCGACUCUUAUGCGGCGAAGUCUCUACAAGUCCUCCCGACAAAACAGCAAAAUAAAACGCUACCAUGACACCCUGCGGAUCGCUGUCGGGGAUCCAAAAAAUUCAACCCGGAGACGUGGGAGGAUCCUAUCCAGGAUCGUCCGGUCUGAAAAAGAGCAGUGUAGACUGGUGUGACAACCUUCGAAGUCAGCCGAAUCGAUCCAUACCCUCAACCCUAAAAACCCAAUCCCUUCACUCUUGUCCAGUGAUAGUAUCCGCUGGCGUAGGCCUUUAGAGAAGCUUGUUGUUGCCCGAUAGACAACCUGAAAUGCUUCCUUGGCAUCGACUGGGUGAUUCUUUUCAAUUUAAUAUGCAAUUAAAUCUACUCAUUCACUUGCUCCUGUGGAGUGGGAUACAUCGGCCGUACAACGAGACGCCUGCCGGAGGGUGCGUGAACAUAGGUCCGCCUGACUAGACAGAGGUGAGACCCGAUCGAUUUCGAGUUCUAUUCUCGCACAUUUAAUCGAUACGGAGCACCGAGUCGAUGCAAUGGAAGCACUUCAUGUUGUCUAUCGGACACCAAAAAGCUUCUCUAAAGGCCUACGCCAACGGAUACUAGCAACGGUCGAGGCAGCGGCUAUACGGCUAGCGAAUCCGGUGUUAUGCUGUCAGAAAACUCUGACACAAGCGCUUUCGCUGCUGUGGCCAACGCCAACCUCACGUGAUGACGACAUGCCGCCUCAAAUCCCUGAUUACAGUUAUGGGUACUCAGUGUACUCAAUCCAAGAGCAUCACUCAAAAACUCGCUUACCCCCCUCCCCCAGCCCUAAGGACCAAAACCCGCCAACCUCGUCAUGCGGGCGGCGUAGGAAAGAUGAGUGCUAAUGACUUAAUAGCCCUUGUGACACCCAUAGACACUGUUAAUUUUGUACAUUUUCAUUCCUUCACGUAACUGUACUGGCCUGACGAGGAAUUACCGAAAACACGUGUUUGCCAACUUGACUUUUCAAAUUUUGUAACUGUUCGACCACCACCUGUCAGCUUUCGACGUUUCAAAACCCGCCUCUUGAAAAACUGGAGUUCCGAGCUUAUCGAGUCCAUUGCAACCAUGCUUUCAAUUUAUCACCAUUCUGACGCUGGUGUUCUCUCGCGUUCAUUCUGAGUUACUGUUUCAUCAGGCCCUGUUGGGGAAGCGAGGGAAGUUCUGCCAAGUAACUGUCAAACUGCACAGUUUUGAACCGUUGAAUCUUUGAUGUCUGUGUCGAGGGGCCUCCUAUCCUAAUUGCCGCCGGUAUCUGCCAGUGAAAUCGAGGCCAUUACGAGGCAUUAACAGAGCCUUACAGUGCAGUGGCAUGGUCCCGAAAUAACUCGCUGGCGUACACAUGCUAGCGUGGUCUCGAUGCUGUAACUUCUCUAGCCUACGUCACUUACAAUAGAGAAGCAGUACUUGCAUACAAAAACUGUUUCAACAAGACUGACAUAGGAAUAUCAACAGUCAGAUGGAAACUUGUACAUUUCUGGCAUGCAAACCCUAAGCACAUGACAGUGACUAAAUGGUUAUAGGACGUAAUCACCCUACGGUUGGAGGUUUUUUUAUCAGCUUUGCAAGUGGAAACGGCUUUGCCAACUCAUAAAGUAAUUUAACCCCAUUGGUUACACGUUGGAGGAUGAUGGGUGCCAGAGGGUCAUAUUUAAUCGUGUUAAGUAGAUUAUUACCCUAAUUGGUGCCAAACAGUUGCGGGCCAAGCGCUGAGUGGUUUUAAACUACGUCGGCUACUGAAUUUGAUCUGACAACCUCCAAAACGCUCGACUCCGCCUCGCAAGUUGUAAAUGCUGAGAGAGAGUGUAAUCGGUCCAAAUCGGACCUGAUGCCGACUAUUCUUCAACUGAUAAAUCAAUUGUGCUUUUAAACUGUCACGCCAUACUAAGGGCUCUAGUUCGAAGAACUUUAACAAAUCCGUCGCGCUGUUUACUUAUUACGGUGCAGUCCUUCUUUGCCGAAGUAUGGCAUCCAGUCACGUCGGCUGCUUUGCUCAUAUUAAUCGUCCUGUCAUCUUAACUGUGUCAUGUCACUGACAAAUUGUGGGUGUGCGGAGAGAGGAAAUGAAGUAGAUGCUGCACAAGUCGUCGCCGCUUUGAGAGAUUUCUGAUCGCGCUGGACGAACAACUAUGACAGCGGGGUGGUCUAGUCGUGACUGUUAUUUUUAUUUAUUUCCUUUCUGUAAGCAUUUGAUAUUUUGCCUGGUUUUUCUCAGUAUACGGGUCCUUAAGAAACCGACGUCUUCUUGUGUCCGCCAUGCGGAUCCAUAACAUCUUUACAGGCUGAUAAAACAGACAUACGAUUAAAUUUUGUCCUCUCCCUCUGGUCAGCAACACUUCUGAGGCGCUCUCCUUUUUGUUUUGUUUUUUUUUAAAAUCCCGGUCAGUGUACGUUGUGGACCAGGAAGUGUGGCAGUACGCCCAGGUGAGGGUUUUUGCCGCGCCAGCAACCUGCGUCCUCUCCCACCCCCAGUAUCCUUGACUGUGUCGUGACAUCGUGCUCAGGCAGGGGAGAAGAAGAAGAAGAAGAAGAAGAAGAAGAAGAAGAAGAAGAAGAAGGACGACGACGACGACGACGAGAAGGAGGAGGAGGAGGAGGAGGAGGAGGAAGAGGGGGAGGAGAAGAAGAAGGAGGAGGAAGAGGAGGAGGAGGAGGAGGAGGAGGAGGAGGAGGAGGAGGAAGAGAGAGUGCGGCAGACGCUGCGCAAGUCUGCAAUCAGCAUAGACUAA